CUCUGGAGUUCUUUCCCUAUGACGACACAGGAAAACCGAACGAACUUCACUUUCGCAUCUCCGACAGCUAUUCCGUCCCACGUCGGAGAAAAAAAUAGUGCAGCCUCUAUUAGUACGAGCGCACAUUCUGCAAACGUAAGGUACCAAAAAAAGAUCAAAAGAGCAAAAGGGUGCUAACUCGUUGGUUGCCAGCUGCAGGAAGCUGUGUACCUUGCUUCAGCUGCAACCCUACCUUACCUACCCGUACCGACCGAUACCUCUCUCCCACCUUCACCUACCUGCUUUUUUGCCUGUUGCGCCUGCCAUUUGAAGGUACCCUGAUUGCUUGGCCCAAGACCUGAGACCGCAUCAGCCAACACAUCCCGUACGCCGCCCUUGUCUCUUCCCACUCGCAUUGGGGUCCUCGUGACACGGAUUCCUACACACAUCAAUUUCCCCCCAUUCUCUCACCGAGCCAACUCCCUACACCGCCACGAUCCUCACAUCGCCGAGUAUCUUUUUUUCUUCCUUUCGUUCGAUACUCCUACAAGUUCGACUCCGGCCAGCUCGGCGUAUACCCUCGCUUGAUACCGAUCCAGCGACCUACAUCUCCCAUCGCAAGCAAUUGACUCAGGUCUUUUCAGCUUUCCCACCUUGCCAGCUAUCGCCGCGAACAACCCCGCUUAACCCGCGCACAAUGACUUCUCCGACGAGUCAACGCCGCCCUCGCGGUGGCAGUGAGGACCAAGGCAAUGGUGUCUUCGAUGAUGCGAAAACCUACUAUACCUCAGAGGAGCGCCAUGUUAACCGUGCUGGACCUCGAACCAGAACCUACUCACAGAACAGCCUGUUCCAGCAAUUCGAGCGCAUGGGACUUCGCGAGCCCUUCCGAAGAGGCAGUCACGACGAAUCCUCAAACCUUGCGAACCGAAAGUUCCUCAUUCAAGUAGACGAGACGCUCAAGAGCUUGCAGGCUCAAGAAGAUACCGAUGGAAACAUGCAAAUCACCAUUGAGGACAAUGGUCCCAAGGUCUGGUCCCUGAGAACCGCUGCCUCCGCGGGCCACAACCGUUUCGAUGUCCGAGGAACCUACAUGCUUUCCAACCUGCUGCAAGAGUUGUCGCUUGCCCAACAAUACGGCCGCAAACAGAUCAUCCUCGACGAGGGCCGCCUGAACGAGAACCCCGUGAACCGAUUGUCGAGACUUAUCAAAGACCACUUCUGGGAGGGAUUGACGAGAAGAAUUGAUGCUUCGACCGUGGAGAUUGCAGCCAAAGAUCCCAAGGACUGGACCGAUGACCCCCGCCCGCGAAUCUAUGUUCCUGUUGGAGCUCCGGAACAGUUCGACUUCUACACCAAGGUGGCUCACGACCGCCCAGAGAUCCGAUUGGAUGUCGUCAGGCUUCCCGAGGUCAUCACGCCCGAGCUCGUUCGCGACAUGAACGCCAAGCCCGGCCUUCUCGCCGUUGAAAUGGAGAAGAUUAAGGAUCCCAAAACGGGCGAGGACACACUCAGGGGUCUUCCCUUUGUGGUGCCGGGUGGACGCUUUAAUGAGCUCUAUGGCUGGGACAGCUACAUGGAGUCACUUGGUCUUUUGGUUAAUGACAAAGUCCAUCUGGCUAAGUCGAUGGUGCAGAACUUCUGUUUCUGUAUCCGUCACUACGGCAAAGUUCUCAACGCUACUCGCUCCUACUACCUCUGCCGUUCUCAGCCCCCCUUCCUCACCGACAUGGCCCUCCGCGUCUACGAGAAGAUCAAGCACGAGCCCGAUGCCAAGGAAUUCCUUCGUACGUCUAUGCUCGCCGCUAUCAAGGAGUACCACAGUGUCUGGGUCGCUGAGCCGCGUUUGGACCCCGUGACUGGUCUCUCGAGAUAUCGACCUGAAGGAUUGGGUGUUCCUCCUGAGACGGAGGCAGACCACUUUGUCCACAUUCUCGAACCCUACGCCGAGAAGCAUGGCAUCACCUGGCAAGAGUUUGUUCAGGCCUACAACCACGGCAAGAUCAAGGAGCCGGAGCUGGACGACUACUUCCUGCAUGACCGAGCUGUGCGUGAGUCUGGCCACGACACCUCCUACAGACUGGAGAAGAUCUGCGCCGAUCUCGCGACUAUUGACCUGAACUCGCUUCUCUUCAAGUACGAGACUGACAUCGCCCGCACCAUCCGGAACGUCUUCAACGAUAAGCUCGUCAUUCCUGACGAAUUCGCUGUUGGACCGCUCAAGGCUGGCGAAGUGGUUACUUCGGCAAUCUGGGACCGUCGGGCGAAGCGCAGAAAGCUCGCCAUUGACAAGUACCUCUGGAACGAGGAAGCGGGUAUGUACUUCGACUACAACACCGCCAAGAAGGAGCAGUGCGACUAUGAAAGUUGCACCACUUUCUGGGCCUUGUGGGCAGGUGUAGCCUCUCCCAAGCAAGCGGCAGCCAUGGUUCAGCAGGCUCUGCCCAAGUUCGAGGCCGUCGGCGGUCUGCUGUCGGGCACGAAGAAGUCUCGUGGUGAAGUUGGCCUGGAGCGACCUAAUCGCCAGUGGGACUAUCCCUACGGCUGGGCUCCUCAGCAGAUGCUUGCCUGGACUGGACUUGUCCGAUACAGCUUCAACGAGGACGCUGAGCGUCUGGCGUACAAGUGGCUGUUCAUGAUGACCAAGGCCUUUGUUGACUUCAACGGAGUGGUCGUCGAGAAGUACGACGUUACUCGACCCAUUGAUCCUCACAGGGUCGAUGCAGAGUACGGUAAUCAGGGUCUCGAUUUCAAGGGUGUCGCCAAGGAAGGUUUCGGAUGGGUUAACGCAAGCUAUGUGUAUGGACUGCAAAUUGUCAAUGCACACAUGCGGCGUGCUCUUGGAACGCUCACCCCUUAUGAGACCUUUACAAAGGCUGUCGAAGAGAAUAAUGAGAAGCAGCUUGCCGAGCUUCUCUGAGUGACUCUGGCGUGGUCGGGCGACGAAGCUACACAUAACGUAUACGAUGGGCCAUGAAAAGUACGACGAAAAGCUGGUAAAAACGGUACAGGACCUGUUGUUGACACCGGGUCGAGUUGGAUUGGCCUGGAGGGGGGUCUGCAUUUGCUCUCACAUCUUGCCGCGGCACGUCGGAUAUUGGAGGUUGGGAAAGGAGUUUGCAAAGGACUGACGUUGAAUGGAAGAUGCAUGACCAUGCAUCUCGACUGCAUUGAGACACGAAUGAAGGGAUGGGCAGGGUCUGGUAGACUGUUAAAAGAGGUUAGACUGGCUGCAAAGCCAAACCAGAUAUCCACCCG